AUGACAAGGGGGUUAAGAUUUCUGUGUUGGCCCCUGUGGCCUCUGGCCCUCUUCAGCCUGCUCAGUAAAGUCAAGAUGCUGGAAUUUGGUGGGGCACCUGGCCAGUGGGCACGCUAUGGGCGCUGGGAAGCUGGAUCAGUGGGCGAGCUGAGCUUCAGCCUCAAGACCAACAUUAGCAAAGCCUUGGUACUCUACCUGGACGAUGGCGGCAACUGUGACUUCUUGGAGCUGCUGAUUGCCGGUGGGCGCCUCCAGCUGCGCUUUGCGAUCCACUGUGCCGAGCCGGCCACUUUGCACAUGGAGACACGGGUGAAUGAUGACCGCUGGCAUAUGGUCUUGCUCACCCGAAACUUUCGUGAGACCCUCCUGAUGGUGGAUGGAGAGACAAAAGUGGCUGAGGUCAAGUCCAAGAGGAAGGAGAUGGCAGUGGUCAGUGACCUGUUUGUGGGUGGGAUCCCACCUGAUGUGCGCCUUUCUGCACUGACCUCCAGUACAGUGAAGUACGAGCCACCGUUCCAGGGCUUGAUCUCCAAUCUCAAGGUGGGGGAGAUGCCCCCUACUUUGUUAAAUAGCCAGGGCAUUCAGAGUGACCUGGAGUACCUCUGCACCAAACAGAACCCAUGCUUCAAUGGAGGGUUUUGCUCUAUUCAGUAUGGAGAAGUUCACUGUGACUGCACCCACACCCGCUUCAAAGGGAAGUACUGCAAGGAAGCUGAAGAGUAUGCUGUUGAAGGUCUGGCGCACCUGACGUUAAACGACCAAGGUGACUCAUCUCUAGCCGGUAAAGAAGAGUCAGUGGCCACCUUCAAGGGCAACGAGUUCUUCUGCUACGACCUGUCGCUGACGCCCAUCCAGAGCAGCACUGACGAGAUCACGCUCUCCUUCCGCACGCUGCAGCGCAACGGCCUCAUGCUGCACACCGGCAAGUCGGCUGACUAUGUGAACCUUUCGUUGAAGAGCGGCGCAGUUUGGCUGGUCAUCAACCUGGGCUCGGGGGCCUUUGAGGCCUUGGUGGAGCCCGUCAACGGCAAGUUCAACGACAACGCCUGGCAUGAUGUGCGCGUCACCCGCAACCUGCGCCAGCACGCAGGCAUUGGACACGCUAUGGUGACCAUCUCAGUGGAUGGUAUAUUGACCACCACUGGCUACACCCAGGAAGAUUACACCAUGUUGGGCUCCGAUGACUUCUUCUACAUUGGAGGGAGCCCCAACACCGCCGACCUGCCCGGAUCACCAGUCAGCAACAAUUUCAUGGGCUGCCUUAAAGAAGUGGUGUACAAGAACAAUGACUUUAAGCUGGAGCUGUCACGGCUGGCCAUCGAGCGUGACCCUAAGAUCACCCUAAACGGUGACCUGCUGUUCCGCUGCGAGGACGUGGCAGCCCUGGACCCCGUUACCUUCGAGACCCCCGAGUCCUACAUCUCCGUGCCCAAGUGGAACACCAAGAAGACGGGCUCUAUCUCUUUUGACUUCCGCACCACCGAGCCCAGCGGCCUCCUGCUGUUCAGCCACGGCCGCCCUCAGAGUCCCAAAGAGCAGAAGCCCGGUAGGGAGCUGAAGACAGAUUACUUUGCCCUGGAGCUGCUGGAGGGGUAUUUGUACCUGCUGAUCGAUAUGGGCUCUGGAAAAACAAAACUGAAGGCCAGCAGCAAGAAGGUCAAUGAUGGUGAAUGGUGCCAUGUAGAUUUCCAGAGGGAAGGGAGGAAAGGAUCUAUUUCAGUCAACAGCCGCAGCAUGCCCUUCAGCUCCCCAGAGGGCAGUGAAAUCCUGGACCUGGACAGUGACAUGUACCUGGGCGGACUGCCUGAGUCGAAGUCGGACCUCAUCCUGCCGCCAGAAGUUUGGACAGCGCUGCUCAACUACGGCUAUGUAGGUUGCGUCCGCGAUCUCUUCAUAGAUGGCAAGAGCCGCGACGUCCGCCGCCUGGCUGAGAUCCAGAGUGCGCUGGGUGUCAGCAGUUUCUGCACCCGUGAGCUGCAGAAGCGCUGCAGCAGUGCUCCCUGUGGCAACGGAGGUCUGUGCAAAGAGGGCUGGAACCGCUACAUUUGUGAUUGCACCGGCACCGGAUACCUGGGCAGCAACUGUGAGAUAGAGGCGACGGUGCUGAGUUAUGAUGGCAGCAUGUACCUGAAGAUCAUCAUGCCGGUCACCAUGCACACGGAGGCCGAGGAUGUGGCCUUGCGCUUCAUGUCUCAGCGGGCGUACGGCCUGCUCAUGGCCACCACCUCCAAGGAGUCAGCGGACACCCUGCGACUGGAGCUGGAUGGAGGCCGAGUCAAGCUCACCGUGAACCUCGAUUGUAUCAGGAUAGACUGUAGCCUCAGUAAAGGACCUGAGAUACUAUUCGCGGGGCAGAAGCUAAACGACAACGAGUGGCACACGGUGAAGGUGGUGCGAAGAGGCAAGAGCCUGCAGCUGUCUGUGGAUAAUGUCACAGUGGAAGGCCAGAUGACUGGUGCCCACACACGUCUCGAGUUCCACAACAUCGAGACAGGCAUCAUGACUGAGCGCCGCUUCAUAUCUGUGGUGCCCUCAAACUUCAUUGGCCAUCUCCAGGGCCUGACCUUCAAUGGGGUGCCAUAUCUAGACCAGUGUAAAAAUGGGGACAUCUCCUACUGCGAGCUGAAUGCCCGCUUUGGCAUGCGCCACAUCAUUGCAGAUCCUGUGACGUUUCGAACGAAAGGCAGCUACUUAGCGUUAGCUACAUUACAAGCUUAUGCCUCCAUGCACCUUUUCCUUCAGUUCAAAACCACCACGCCUGACGGCCUGAUGCUUUUCAAUUCUGGAGAUGGGAGCGACUUCAUCGUUGUGGAACUUGUGAAGGGGUAUGUCCACUACGUAUUUGAUCUUGGCAACGGGCCGUCAUUGAUGAAGGGCAAUUCAGACAAGCCUCUCAAUGACAACCAGUGGCACAACGUGGUGGUGUCCCGGGACGCCAACAACGUACAUACACUCAAGAUCGACUCACGCACCGUUACUCAGCACUCCAAUGGAGCCCGUAACCUGGACCUCAAAGGAGAGCUGUACAUCGGUGGCGUGACAAAGAACAUGUACAGCAAUCUGCCCAAGCUGAUUGCGUCCCGGGAUGGGUACCAGGGCUGUCUGGCCUCCGUGGACCUGAAUGGGAGACUCCCCGACCUGAUCGCAGAUGCCCUCCACAGGGUGGGUCAGGUGGAACGAGGCUGCGAAGGACCCAGUACCACCUGUACGGAGGAGUCCUGCUACCAUCAGGGGGUGUGUCUCCAGCAGUGGGAGGGCUUCACCUGCGACUGCACCAUGACGUCCUAUGGUGGCUCAUUUUGCAAUGACCCUGGGACAACUUACAUCUUCGGGCGAGGCGGAGCCCUCAUCACAUAUACCUGGCCACCCAAUGACCGGCCGAGCACACGGGCAGACCGGCUGGCAGUGGGCUUCAGCACGCAGCUGAAGGAGGCCGUUCUGGUCAGGGUAGAGAGUGCCAAGGGACUGGGAGAUUACCUGGAGCUGCACAUAGAACGGGGAAAGAUCGGCGUGAUCUUCAACGUGGGAACAGACGACAUAACCAUCGAGGAGAGCGCGGUGAUGGUGAGCGACGGCAAAUACCAUGUGGUGCGAUUCACACGCAGUGGUGGCAAUGCCACACUACAGGUGGACAACCAGCCUGUCAUCGAACGUUUCCCCUCAGGGAACUUUGAUAAUGAGCGCCUGGCUAUUGCUAGACAAAGAAUCCCAUACCGACUUGGUCGGGUAGUUGACGAGUGGCUACUCGACAAAGGUCGCCAGCUGACCAUCUUCAACAGCCAGGCAUUCAUCAAAAUUGGUGGCGGUGGAGAGACGGGGCGCCACUUCCAGGGCCAGAUCUCAGGUCUGUACUACAACGGCCUGCAGGUGCUCAAACUGGCAGCUGAGGGCGACCCCAAUGUCCAGACCCAGGGUAACCUGCGGCUGGUGGGUGAUGUGCCCUCAGUGCUCACUACUGAUACCACCUCCACCACCCCGUUGGCUGACAUGUCCACCACAAUCAUGGAGACAACCACCACCAUGGCCACAACCACCACCCGCAAACAGCGCUCGCCCACCAUGAGGGACAGUGUGACACAGAAUGCAGAUGACCUUUUGGUAGCAUCAGCUGAGUGUCCUAGCGAUGACGAAGAUUUGGAGGAGUGUGAACCUGGAAACGGAGGUGAAUUAGUGUUGCCCAUAAUAACGGUGGACUCGCUAGACCCCCCAUCCAUCGCCACCCGCUACCCAGUAAUCCCCCCGCCCCCCACAACCUACCGCCCUUUCCUCACCCUGCUCGAAACCACCAAAGAGUCCCUCCCCUUGCCCAAUGGCCGGCCCCCAUGCCCCCUGGACCAGGAGGACUGCGAGGAGACCAUCGACAUGUCGGCGUACGCCUCGGGGGAGAUGACAGAGUCGGAUGACGAGGACUAUUACAAAAACUCCCCCCUGGUCACCGACAGGACUGUCCUCCCUCCUCCCCCGGCCGUCGAGGGCGGCGUCCAGAACCCCCGAGACCGCCAUUUCUCCCGCUUUCCCAACUCCCAGCACCCACCUCUCUCCUCCACCCCCACGGCCAACCCUGACCAGCUCAGCCCGCGCAUCAAGCCGGCCCCUGGCGGUAGCAGUAGUAACAACAACAACAUCCCUGCCGGGAAAAUGAACACCCGGGACCAGGUGCUGCUGCCGCCAGCCCACCCCUCAUCAGACCCAGGCCACCGUAGAGUCCCAGGAAUAACAUACCCCCCAAAUUUCCCCCAUGUUCCCACUCCAGAUCCCACAUCUCCUGAGAGAGGGCUCCCUGGCGCUGUGGAGGUGCAGCAGUCCAGCAGCACCACAGGAAUGGUAGUGGGCAUUGUGGCAGCGGCCGCCCUCUGCAUCCUCAUCCUGCUCUACGCCAUGUACAAGUACCGCAACCGUGAUGAGGGCUCCUACCAAGUGGACCAGAGCCGCAACUAUAUCAGCAAUUCAGCCACACAGAGCAACGGAGCCCUGGUGAAGGAGAAACAGCCCACCACUGCCAAGACAGUCACCAAGAACAAGAAGAACAAAGACAAAGAGUACUACGUCUGA